AGCGGCCAGUGUUUGUUGCGUAUAUAACAGCCGGUUAUCCAGAACCAGAGGAGAUUGUAGACAUUCUUUUAGCUCUUGAAAGAGGCGGAGUAGACAUUAUAGAGCUUGGCAUUCCAUUCACCGAUCCGCUCGCUGAUGGUCCAACAAUUCAAGAAAGCAGUCAGAUUGCGCUUCAGCAUAAAGUUGAUAUACCAUUAUGUUUAUCGUUCGUUUCACAAGCACGUGAACGUGGAUUAAAAAUACCGGUGAUUUUUAUGGGAUAUUAUAAUCCGAUUUUGAGUUAUGGAGAGGAAAAAAUUGUAAAAGAUUGCAAAAAUGUGGGAAUUCAAGGUUUCAUUGUGGUUGAUCUUCCACCUGAAGAAUCAGAUCACUUCCGAAGCAUCUGCGCGCAACAUGGAUUAAGUUAUGUUCCUUUGAUCGCACCUUCUACAACAGAAAUUCGGAUUCGUCAUUUGACACAUGUUGCCGAUUCUUUUAUUUAUGUUGUGUCAAGGAUGGGAGUCACAGGCACAAGAGAGAAGAUGAAUGCCGAAUUACCGAGUUUAAUUGCUAGGAUUCGAAAAUAUACAAAUUUACCGCUUGCAGUUGGCUUCGGUGUUUCCAACAGAGAACAUUUUGAAUUAGUUGGAUCUCACGCGGAUGGUGUUGUAAUUGGAAGCAAGUUUAUUUCUGUAUUAAAAGCAUCGGAGAAAGGAAAAAGAGCCAAAACGAUUCAAGAUUAUGCUUUGGAAAUUUCUGGAGUGUCUAAAAUUGAAGAUAAUACAAAAGUUAUCUCAAAUGAAGAUCACAUUGCAGUAGCUCAAGAAAGCGAAGAAGAUGCCAAAGCCGCUGCUAUUCAUAUUUUAGAUACAAGAUUCGGACAAUUCGGUGGGCAAUACGUUCCAGAAUCGCUAGUUGAUUGUUUGGUUGAACUAGAAAAAGCGUAUAUAGAUUCUAAAGAUGAUCCAGAAUUUUGGAAAGAAUUCAGAUCCUAUUAUGAUUAUAUUGGAAGAGAAUCUCAGUUGCAAUACGCAGAUCGCUUGACUGCACAUGCAGGUGGCGCGAGGAUUUGGCUAAAACGGGAAGAUUUAAAUCACACUGGGUCUCACAAAAUUAAUAAUGCAAUUGGCCAGGCUUUAUUAGCUAAACGUCUUGGCAAGAGAAGAAUUAUUGCAGAAACGGGAGCUGGACAACAUGGUGUCGCGACUGCGACUGUUUGUGCUAAAUUUAAUUUGGAGUGCACCGUUUAUAUGGGAAGUGAAGAUGUUCGUCGGCAAGCUUUAAAUGUUUUCCGAAUGAGAUUACUGGGUGCCACUGUGAUUCCUGUUGACUCAGGAAGUAAAACAUUAAAAGACGCUAUUAAUGAGGCAAUGCGUGACUGGGUGACUAAUGUUGCUACUACACAUUAUUUGGUUGGUUCGGCAAUAGGACCGCAUCCUUUUCCUCAAAUAGUUCGUGAAUUUCAAUCAGUUAUUGGGAAAGAAGCUCGCGACCAAAUGCUGAAGAAAGCUGGUAAAUUGCCAGAUCUAAUAAUUGCAUGUGUUGGGGGCGGAAGUAAUGCUAUUGGAUUAUUUGCGCCGUUUGUUGAAGAUAAAAAUGUUAGAAUAGUUGGAGUAGAAGCGGGCGGCGAAGGUGUAAAUACAAGUAAGCAUUCUGCGACUUUGGUGGCAGGCACGCCCGGAGUGUUACAUGGAACAAGAACAUAUUUGCUACAAGAUUCUAAAGGCCAAAUUUUAGAGACACAUAGUAUUAGUGCUGGUUUAGAUUAUCCAGGAGUUGGACCAGAGCAUGCAUUCUUGAAAGAUAUUGGUCGUGCUGAAUAUGUCGCGGUCACUGAUGCUCAGGCUUUAAUUGGAUUCCGAAAAAUGUCCGAAUUAGAAGGAAUCAUCCCAGCACUUGAAACCAGCCAUGCGAUUUAUACAACCAUCGAACUUGCGAAACAAAUGAAGCCUGAUCAAGACAUAUUGUUAAAUGUUAGUGGAAGAGGUGAUAAAGAUGUAGAAUCGGUUGCGGAAAAUUUACCUAAACUUGGACCACAAAUUGGUUGGGAUUUAAGAUUUUGA